AUGCGUUUAGUAAUCUGUGAUACUAUAGAUUAUGUGGCAGAAUGGUCUGCCAAAUACGUUUUGAAAAGAAUCAAUGAUUUUCAACCAGAUGAAAAUAAAUAUUUUGUUCUUGGUCUUCCAACAGGUGGUACACCUUUGGGAAUGUAUAAAAAACUUAUAGAAUAUUAUAAAGCAGGAAAAAUUUCCUUUAAAUAUGUAAAAACAUUCAAUAUGGAUGAAUAUGUUGAUUUACCGCGGGAUCAUCCAGAAUCAUACCAUUACUAUAUGUACAAUAAUUUCUUUAAGCAUAUAGAUAUUGAUCCAGAAAAUGUACAUAUUCUUGAUGGUAAUGCAUCAGAUCUUGUGAAAGAAUGUAAUGAGUUUGAAAGACAAAUUAAAGAGGCUGGCGGAAUUGAACUAUUUAUUGGUGGUAUUGGUCCAGAUGGCCACAUAGCUUUCAAUGAACCAGGAUCCUCUUUGGCAUCACGUACAAGAGUAAAAACCUUAGCACAAGAUACAUUAGAAGCAAAUGCAAGAUUCUUUGGAAAUAACAUUUUUAAAGUUCCAAAGCAAGCAUUGACGGUUGGUGUUGGCACAGUAAUGGAUGCUAAAGAAGUAAUGAUUCUUAUCACAGGAUCCCAUAAAGCAUUUGCCCUUUACAAGGCAAUAGAAGAAGGCAUCAACCAUAUGUGGACCGUAUCAGCCUUUCAACAACAUCCUCGUACAAUAAUUAUUUGUGAUGAAGAUGCAACAUUAGAACUACGUGUUAAAACUGUUAAAUAUUUCAAGGCUCUGAGUGCUGUACAUCACAGAUUGAUUGAGGAAGGAGAGGCAAUCCCCCGACGUGCAGUAGAAAACAGUUAAAAUGACAGUUACUUCUUUAAUAUUGUGUAAUUUAUAGGAGAAC